AUGGCUUCUCACGGAGACAGCCUCGCGCCUGCGUUCGCGCCCUUCUUCGGCAUGAGCGGCAUUGCCUUUGCAAUAGGCAUGGGCGCCGCGUUUGGCACAGCAAAGGCAGGCAUCGGUAUUGCCGGUAUUGGCACAUACAGGCCCGACCUGAUCAUGAAGUCCCUUAUCCCCAUUGUCAUGUCCGGUAUCCUGGCGGUCUACGCCCUCGUGAUAUCCGUCCUCAUCGCUAGCGACAUCAAGCCUCCGCCAGAGAAGAACUACUCGCUGUACGCCGGAUUCUGCCAUAUGGCUGCAGGCUUGUCAGUAGGACUGUCUGGCCUAGCCGCGGGCUACGCGAUUGGAAUUGUUGGCGAUGCUGUACGUUGA